AUGUUUGUUGUAUUUGAUGAGGCUUUACUUCGAUUACCAUCUUGUUUAGCUGUACAUGCACAACUUCGUCCUAAUUUAAAUAAAUUUACAUCUGAUGAUUAUGUUCAAUAUAUUCAACAAUUACCAGAUAUACAUAUAUGUGGUAUUAUACGAAAAAAUGAAACAGAAACAAUAGUUUUAGCUUUAGCUAUCUAUAGAAAUUAUUUAACAACAUAUGAUACACAUCGUUUUGAAAUUGAUGAUUUAAUUGUUGAUGAAAAAGAACGAAAUCAUGGUUUAGGUACAAAUCUUAUGAAUUAUUUAAUUCAACAAGCAAAACAAUGUCAUGCAGUACAAAUUCAUAUACAUUGUGAUUUAAAUAAUACAGAUGCACAUCGAUUUUUUUUUCGUUUUGGUUUAAUAAUACCUAUUUUUGAAUUUUAUUUAAAAAAUAAUCAAUUAUUAGAAAGUAAUAAUCAAAUUCAAGUUAUUGAUAUAACGAAUCUAUCCGAAAAUGAAUAUGAACAAUUCUUAAUUCGAGUUCAUAAUAUCUAUUUACAACUUCGACCACAUUUACCAAUUGAUCAAAAAACAUAUAUUGAUCAAAUUCGAAAUAUACGUCAUAAUGGUUCAGUUCGAAUAAUAAUUGCAAUAAAUAAUAAUGAUAAAAAUGAAGUACUUGGUUUAGCAGCUUAUCGUGUAGUUUAUAAUAUAAAAUAUGGUAAACAUAUCUAUUGUGAUGAUUUAGUUACAAGUGAAAAUCGUCGAAGUUUAGGUGUUGGUCGAUGUUUAAUUAAUUAUAUGAAAAAUGAAGGAAAAAAAUUAGGCAUUGAUCAAUUAACAUUGGAUAGUGGUUGUCAACGAGGACAAGCACAUAAAUUUUAUUAUCGAGAAGGUUUUAUUAUUAGUCAAUUUGGAUUUAAAAUGUCAUGUUAA